CAUGCAUGUGACAUAGAGAGUAAAUGUGUUUUGUGACAUAGAGUCAGUUUCUACUAAGACUCAAAGUUAAAAUUAAUGAUAAAGAUAGUGUACCAAUAAAAAUAUACUUGGACACAGAGACGAUAUCCGAAUUUUGUUUGUAGAAUUAAAAUAAUUAAUGAGAUGUUCUAUCGCAAUACCUUACGUUUAUGCAAUAAGGUUACACUUCCUUCCAUAUCAUGUCGAACAUCCAGCUACAAAGUUAUAAAAAGACCGGAUCCAAAAACUUUGAAAAUGCCGAUGCCAGGUUCAGCUCCUAGCCUUUUGGAGAUAAUAAAAGAAAAAAUUCGGUUAAACGGACCCAUAACGGUAGCGGAAUACAUGCAUAUAGUAGCUACUAAUCCUACUGAAGGUUAUUAUAUGAAGAAAGAAGUAAUAGGGACAUCGGGAGACUUCAUUACUUCUCCUGAAAUCAGCCAGUUGUUUGGUGAAAUCGUUGCCAUUUGGUUUUAUGCUGAAACUCAAAAAAUGUGUCCUGGAAAGCCACUAAAUAUUGUUGAACUGGGUCCAGGAAAAGGAACUCUAAUGGUUGAUUUUCUCAGGGUUUUGAAUCGUCUUGGUUAUCAGCCCAAUGACCUAAGUCUUCAUUUAGUUGAAAUCUCAUCAACUAUGCAAGGUGUUCAAGCUAGUCGAUUAUGUAUUUCACAUAGGGCUAUGGAUCUCGAUUCUCCACAUAAUUAUGAGGGUGAAACUUUAAAUGGAACAAAAGUUUAUUGGUACAAUGAUUUGAAAAAAGUGCCCUGUGAUUUCUCAUGGUAUAUAGCUCAUGAGUUUUUCGAUGUACUCCCAAUACAUAAGUUUGAGAAAAAGGAAGAUGGAUGGCGUGAACUACUCAUUGAUAUAGACAAAGAAGAAAAGCUUUAUUAUAGAAUUUCAGCUAAAGAAACACAGGCAGUGAAAAUGCUGCUAAGGCCCCCCUUAGAUACUGGUGACAGAACUGAAAUUGAAGUCAGUGCCAGAGGUCUUGGAUUAGCUAGACAGUUGGCUGAGAGAGUAGAUAAGUUCGGUGGGCUUGCUUUAAUAGCUGACUAUGGCCAUGAGGGUGAGAAAGAAGACACAUUUAGAGCGUUUCGUAAACACAAAGUGGUUAACCCCUUAGAAAAUCCUGGGGAAAGUGAUUUGACUGCUGAUGUGGAUUUUGCACAACUUAAGAUAGCAGCUUCUAGAACUCCUGGACAUGAGAACUAUGCUAUUGUGGUGGGCCCAGUGACACAAAAAGACUUUUUGGAGUGGCUACAAGCAGAUGCCAGAUUAAAAGUACUAAUUGAUCAUGCCAAAACAGAGGAAGAAAAAGAAAAGCUUAAAAAUUCGUAUAGAAUGCUUGUAGACGCAAAAAAUAUGGGUGAAAGAUUUAAAUUUAUGGCCUUCUACCCUUCAACUAUGGCACCAAUAUUAGACAAAUAUCCCCCCAUGGGAUUUACAAACACAAAUAUUAAAAAAGUAUAGUUAACUAUAAAAUAGGAAAUAUAUAUGUUGUUUUUAAAGAGGAUCUUA